GCGACGGGAGGAGGAGUAGGAGAAGGGGGCCGGUCAAGGGAAGUGCGACGUGUCUGAGGAGCCUUUUUAUACCUCCUUCCCUGGAGCCGGGCAGCCACCGCCGCCAUCCACGUCUCUGCACCCUGGACCCGGGCUCCGUCCCAGCCGCAGCAUGUCGGAGAUCAAGAAGCAGAAGACGGACCAGCAAAAAUCCACCAAUGUGGUCUACCAGGCCCAUCAUGUGAGCAGGAACAAGAGAGGACAGGUGGUUGGAACCAGAGGAGGAUUCAGAGGAUGUACCGUGUGGCUAACAGGUCUCUCCGGCGCUGGAAAAACAACCAUAAGCUUCGCUUUGGAGGAGUACCUUGUGUCUCAUGCCAUCCCGUGUUACUCCCUGGAUGGAGACAAUGUCCGUCAUGGCCUUAACAAGAACCUGGGAUUCUCUGCCGGGGACCGAGAAGAGAAUAUCCGUCGAAUUGCAGAGGUGGCCAAGCUCUUUGCUGAUGCUGGCCUAGUGUGCAUUACCAGUUUUAUUUCUCCAUUUGCAAAGGAUCGUGAGAAUGCCCGCAAAAUCCACGAAUCAGCAGGACUCCCCUUCUUUGAGAUCUUUGUAGAUGCACCUUUAAAUAUCUGUGAAAGCCGAGAUGUAAAAGGACUCUACAAACGCGCUCGGGCAGGAGAGAUUAAAGGGUUUACAGGCAUCGAUUCCAAUUAUGAGAAACCCGAGACUCCAGAGUGUGUGCUGAAGACCAACUUGUCCUCAGUGAGCGACUGUGUGCAGCAGGUGGUGGAGCUUCUGCAAGAGCAGAGCAUUGUUCCCCACACCACCAUCAAAGGCAUCCAUGAACUCUUUGUGCCGGAAAACAAAAUUGAUCAAAUCCGAGCUGAGUUAGAGACUCUCCCAUCACUACCAAUUACCAAGCUGGAUCUGCAGUGGGUGCAGAUUCUGAGCGAAGGCUGGGCCACUCCGCUCAAAGGCUUUAUGAGGGAAAAGGAGUACUUGCAAACUCUGCACUUCGACACCCUACUGGACGGCGUGAUCCUCCGUGAUGGAGUCAUCAACAUGAGCAUUCCCAUCGUACUGCCUGUUUCUGGGGAUGACAAGGCACGGCUCGAAGGCUGCAGCAAGUUUGCCUUGAUGUACGAAGGCCGGAGGGUAGCUCUCUUACAAGACCCUGAAUUCUAUGAGCAUAGGAAAGAGGAGCGUUGUUCUCGUGUGUGGGGAACAGCCAGUGCAAAACACCCCCAUAUCAAAAUGGUGAUGGAAGGUGGGGACUGGCUUGUUGGUGGAGACCUUCAGGUGCUAGAGAGAAUACGGUGGAAUGAUGGGCUGGACCAGUACCGCCUGACGCCUCUAGAGCUCAAACAGAAGUGUAAAGACAUGGAUGCUGAUGCCGUGUUUGCGUUCCAGUUACGCAAUCCUGUCCACAACGGCCACGCUCUGCUGAUGCAAGACACCCGGCGCAGGCUCCUGGAGAGGGGCUACAAGCACCCGGUCCUCCUGCUGCACCCUCUCGGGGGCUGGACCAAGGACGAUGACGUACCUCUCGACUGGAGGAUGAAACAGCAUGCGGCUGUGCUGGAGGAAGGGAUCCUGGAUCCCAAGUCGACUAUUGUCGCCAUCUUCCCAUCUCCUAUGUUAUACGCUGGGCCUACAGAGGUCCAGUGGCACUGCAGGUGCCGAAUGAUUGCAGGGGCCAAUUUCUACAUCGUGGGUAGGGAUCCUGCAGGAAUGCCUCACCCUGAGACAAAGAAAGACCUAUACGAACCUACCCAUGGUGGUAAGGUCUUGAGCAUGGCCCCUGGCCUCACCUCUGUGGAAAUCAUUCCAUUCCGAGUGGCUGCCUACAAUAAAAUUAAGAAGGCCAUGGACUUUUAUGAUCCGGCAAGGCACGAUGAGUUUGACUUCAUCUCAGGAACUCGUAUGAGGAAGCUCGCCCGGGAAGGAGAAGAUCCCCCAGAUGGCUUCAUGGCCCCCAAAGCAUGGAAAGUGUUGACAGAUUAUUACAGGUCUCUGGAGAAGAUCAACUAGGUGCUCCCGGCUCUGGUUUCUUUCUCAAGUGCUCUAUGACGAUUUUUUUCUAUUUUUGUGAUUAGCGGCUCUGUAUCCAAUUGCUUCUUGAUGACUUUUUAAAGUUAGUAUUUUGCAAUGAAGUAAAAAGUUGUGUCUAUAAUUUAAAACCAACUUCAUUAUGUCUAUGAAACUCACACUGGAGACUAAGUCUUAGGUGAAAACAUUGUUGUACAUUCCAGAAUGAAAGCACUUGUAUACUACUUCAUCUCAGCAUAUAUGUCUCAGAUUUCUUAAAAAUGUGACUACAUGUCUAGCUGACUUGCCCAGGACAGAAUCAUACUUUCUGGCUUACUUUUGCCAGCCUGGAAUUCUAAUGUCACCAAACACACACACACACACACACACACACACACACACACACACACACACACACACAGACACACACACACACACACACACACACACACACAGAGUCAUCUUGAAGGAAAUGUUUCAUAUCAGGACUUUUUACUUCGUGACUACACAUGGCCUCACUGCCCAAUGUAUGAGAUGAAGAUGAAUGAAACUGGAAGGAAAAUAUGUGUGAAGAUGCGAACUAAAUCUUAAAGAUGUCUGUAACGUACGUCUGCCAUGAAAAUAGAAAGAGACGUGCUAGUGGCCGUCUAUGAAUAGUAACUCCAGUGGGAAGGCACUUUUCAAAAGCAUGGUAUGUAUGCUUUGGUCAAAAGAUUUCUCCCAGGGACUAAACCAUCAGGGUUACAUUGUAGACUACUUUCCCCAGACUUGCUGUGGUCAUAGUUAUCUUAGAGGCACCUAUUUGAUCGCUGUAGUCAAAACCAACCCACAUACUAAACUAAUGAGAAGCUAAAACCUGAUUUCUGUAGAAAAGAUAAAGUCCAAACAUCUUCAUCCUAGAUAAAAUCUCCAUUCUUCCAUAUCAGCUUUGAGAGCUGCUGAGCACUGUAAUACACCACACUGACAUUAGCAAAUACUCCUGACACUCAAAGGCUGCCCGGACUACCACCCUCCUAAGCUAGGUCCCUUCCUCCCCACAACACAGGAACAGGUUCUGAUUCCUUGAAGCUACUUAAUGAAGCUCUCCUUGAGGAUGCUAAAAGCAACCACCUUGGAGACAGAAGGUUCAGGGCAUCCUAAACUCUUGAUGUUACAAGUUUCCAGAAUGGACCUGUUCGACGUCCUUUGACGGUUUAUUUUCUAAGAGGGAAUUUUGAUAUUUUAUGCAUGGUUCACUGUUGCCCAGGGAUACGUAAAAGAAAAAAUACCUUUACAUACAGGUGUCUUUGGAAGAGACCACAGACUGAAGAGAAACUGAUUUUUUUCAUACUGCCACGUUUUUAGAAUACUAGUAAGAGCUCUUUUGAGAGUAAGUUACAUACCGUGACCACAGCGAGUGAGUCUUCAACUGUUAGUGCCUGUGCUCACUUAGGCCGGAGUUACUCAUUGCUGCCUUUAAAACUGUGUGUUCACUGAAAACACGACAGGGCUGCAGUGCCUUACCAAAUGGAGUGAGAUUCUAAAGACAGUAAAGUGCCUUUCUGCUCUAACAGUUGGUGUGACUGUUUCAGUGUCCCGCUGAUACUUGUUCUUCAAUAAAUCUCUCAAAGACCA